UUUUUAUCCUUUCUUUUUUAAUUAUUUUACUCUCUCAAUUCAAUUUGGCUACCAAGUGAGAUCUAUUUUCAUUUAAUUUUUGCACUGUCCUCAUUAAUUGUCUACUCUUGAAAGUUGAACUUCACCUUCUGGGCACUGGGCUCUCCAUUUAUCUUCUCUUAAUUGUCUCAUUGAUCUCUCUCUCUCUCUCUCUCUCUCUCUCUCUCUCUCUUCUCAUUUGACUUGCAGGUUCCUGUUACAGUAAAAAGGAAAUUGACAAGCUCUUUGUGUGUCCCAAACCUCUCAUAAGAGGGGCAGUAGGCUUAAAGUAACUUUGUGGGGAUUCUUCUUUGGGCCUUGGCUUUGUCUGUUGUAGCAGAUGAGGUGUUUGAUAAAUCACACAGCUCAAGGCUAAAGCUGCAAUCUUGGUGAGUUUCUGUUGUUUUCAAUCAUAACAAAUCAUGGACUGGGUUUCCCUCCAAAAUAAGGUAAGUACCAAUUUUUCUCCUUCACAACAACCUUAUUUUCUUGCUCAGACACCUCCACAACCAAGUCUUGAUUCAGAUGGUUUUAGCCUGAACAACAAAAUCAGUCCAAGUGUAUUUCUUAUCAUAAUAAUUCUUGCUAUUGUUUUCUUUGUUUCUGGGUUGCUUCAUCUUCUUGUUAGACUUCUUUUAAGACCACCCAGUAGAAACCCAGAUGAUUUGGAGAAUGUGACUGCUCUUCAAGGGCAAUUGCAGCAACUCUUUCAUCUCCAUGACUCUGGUGUUGAUCAGUCAUUUAUAGAUACUCUCCCUGUGUUCCAAUACAAAGCCAUUAUUGGAUUGAAGAACCCUUUUGAUUGUGCUGUAUGUUUGUGUGAAUUUGAGCCUGAGGAUGAGCUUAGAUUGCUUCCAAAAUGUAGCCAUGCCUUUCACAUGGAGUGUAUAGACACUUGGUUAUUAUCUCACUCCACUUGCCCUCUCUGUAGAGGUUGCUUGCUGCCUGAUUUCUCUCCAAACAACACCUGCUCUCCCAUUGUUAUUGUUCUUGAAUCUAGUGAGAGCCCCAGAGAGAUUUUAACUGAUAGAGAGAAUAAUAUUGGCAGAACCAGUUCAGUUUUAACAACAAAUUCCCAUCUAUGUAUUCAAGGAGACAAUGAUUUGGGAUCAUCUAGAAUAGAUUUUUCACAAAAGUCAUGUGAAAUUGCUAGAAAAGAUGACUGUAACCCAAGAAUCAUGGUGGAUUCAGGAGAGAAAGUUGUUCCUGUUAAGCUAGGAAAGUUUAAGAAUGUGGAUAUUGGUGAAGGGAGUAGCAAUAAUAGUAAGGUUGAUGAAAGAAGAUGUUUUUCUAUGGGAUCAUUUGAGUAUGUAAUGGAUGAGAACUGUUCAUUGCAAGUUGCUUUGAGGACUCCAUUGAAGAAGAAACAAUCAAACAAGAAACCUUCUUUGCCAUUAACUCCUGGCCACAGACCUGCAAUGUCUGAAUGUGAUUUAGAAUCAAGAAGAGAACUCCAUGGAUUUGAAGGCAGCAAUAGAAAUUCCAUUGACAGAAGCAGAAGGGAGAGCUUUUCUAUAUCUAAGAUUUGGCUUAGAGGGGAAAAGGAGAAGCAGAAAUCAACUGGGGAUUCUUCAAGGAGGGCCUUUUCCUUCCGGUUUCCGGUGAACAAAAAUGCUGUCGCCGGCAGUGAUUUGAAGGUGAAGAAUGGUAAUAGCAGGAGAACUAAAUCUGAGAUUGGAAUUGGAAGAUGGGAAAAUGGAGGAAUUGGAUUGAGUUUUGAUGAAGAAAAUCAGAGCUGUAAUGCAAAAACUCCUUCAUUUGCCAGGAGGACUCUGCUUUGGCUUGUAGGGAGACAAAACAAGGUUAUUCACUCAAACUUUUCAUCUAAUGUCUAGUUUCUUUUUCAUUUUCUUGGAUUCUUCUUCUUUUUUCUGGGAAAAUUUCCGUCUAUUCCAUCAUUAUGUACAAGGCAGAAUUUGGAAUUUUGUAGUUUAAAAGAAAAGUGGAAAUUAUGAAAAAGCACAGAAUCGAUGGUUACUAUUCAUUGUA